GGAAACUCGGCUCCUGCUCUCUGGUUGUUUCACAGUGUGCUGGAACCAUGGCGAGGGUCUGGAAUUAGCCCACAGACCACCAGGGACUGAGUCAUUAUUAAAAUCUUUUUUGAUCUUCCUGCAGCUUGAGGAGGGUCCCGCUCAGAAACUCCGUAGCUGAUGCUGCUAGUGCUGGCAAGAGAGUAUAGGAACGGAAUGACAUGGCAUCACUUCGCUCAGAUAUCGGCAAGCUGGCAAGGAAGCCAUCAUGUUGGCAUCACUGAGAAGACUUGCCUUGCUUUGUAGAAUGUCCCAAAGUAUGGGAAAUCAGUGAACGGCAGAGAAGGAGCACAAAUGGACCCUCUAAUGAGAUCGCAGCGGGUGAGCAGAAGCCAAAGUAAGGGGUUACAGGAUACCUUUAAAUUGUUUCUUGGUGUAUUUCCCACUCUGUAGUAGACUUUGUGUACAAUGUAUCAUAUUGAGGGGGAAGUUUAAAAAUAAAUUCAUAUUAUAUUAACCCCUUCAGGACGGAUGACGGACGAGGUCCGUCAUCCUGGGGAUGCCCUUAACGACGGGUGACGGACCUCGUCCGUCACGCGGUAAAAUUAACCCCGCGAUCGCCGCAGUGCCGGCGAUCGCGGGGUUAACGCUGUUGCUGGGUGCCUCCGAGUCAGGGGCAGACCAGCAACAGCAAAUCGCGAUGUCCCAGCACAUGUGAUCGCUGUGACAGCCAGUCACAGCGGUCACAAUGCUGCUGGGACAUCUGAUCCGCCUCCCUCCACCUCUUGUGGGUUUGUGAAGUGGAGAGAGACGGAUUGGUGCUACAUUGUGUCCCUGAGGAAUAGCUAAGGUGUAAUAAAAAUUAAUUAUCCCUUUCCCCUGUCAAAAAAAAAAAAUUAACCCUUUCCCUGCUGCUUGAUCACUGCUAGCAGUGAUCAAUAUACAGGUCACAGUACUUUACUGUGAUCUAUUUUUUUUUUACACUUAAGGGUUAAAUUUUAUUUAUUUUUUGUAACCCUAAGGGGUUCAAUUUUAUUAUUUUAUUUUAUUAAUUUGUGAUUUAGUUAGUUGGGUGGGUGGAAUUUAGUGUUAAUUGGGGAAUUUAGUUAGGGGUAAAAAAAAAAAAAAAGUUUAGUUAUUUAGUUAAAGUUUUCUUGUUUCUGUGUUAACUGUAUUAACAAUGUUGCGAAAGUAUAGCGCAGAGGAGGCUUAUGCCCUGUUAGCCGCUGACUCAGAGGCGACCGACACUGCCUCAGAGAGUGACGCAGGGAGUGACGCAGGGAGUGACGCAGGGGACAGGGACUAUGUGCCAGAUUCUGCAGUAACAUCAGAGGAAAUCGCUGAUUCCCCUAAUGUUCAAUAUGGCACAGAUGACUGGGUACCCCCUAAUCAUUUUUCGCCAGACAUCCCAGUGUUCACUGCCAAUCCUGGCAUACAGGCUGACCUGUCUGGCUAUAAUGCGCUGGAUUGUAUGGAGCUGUUUUUGGGGGAUGAUUUUUUUGGGGAGGUAGUUACCCAGACAAAUCUGUAUGCGGAGCAAUAUCUUGCACGCAACCAAGACUCCCGAAUCGCCAGGACAGAGAGAUGGUACCCAACCAGUGUGCCAGAAAUUAAACAAUUCUGGGCACUGACAAUGUUAAUGGGGAUAGUUAAAAAGCCCACAAUUAGAAUGUAUUGGACUAAAAAUCCUAUUUUUAAUACCCCCAUUUUUUCCCAGACAAUGCAUAGGGAGCGAUAUGAGGACAUACUGCGUUUUAUGCACUUUAAUGACAAUAUGAAGUGCCCCCCAAAAGGUCAUCCACAGUAUGACAUUCUUUAUAAAAUACGCCCCCUAAUUUCCCACUUAAAUGAAAAAUUUGCCACUAUUUACACCCCCAAAAAACACAUUUCAAUUGAUGAGUCCCUCAUGAAAUAUAAGGGAAGACUGGGAUUUAGACAAUAUAUCCCAUCCAAAAGAUCCCGGUAUGGGAUCAAAUUUUAUAAAUUAUGUGAAAGUGGCAGUGGCUAUGUAUACACCUUUCGUGUAUACGAAGGAAGGGAUAGCCACAUUGAUCCCCCAGGUUGCCCAGAUAUAAUAGGGACAAGUGGGAAAAUUGUCUGGGAUUUAAUAAUGCCCUUACUUAACUAUGGUUAUCACUUAUAUAUUGAUAACUUUUAUAACAGCAUCCCACUCUUACAAAUGCUGUACUGUUUUGAGACCGUGGCCUGUGGCACUAUCAGGAAGAGUCGCACAGGUUUCCCAAAGGCUCUAGCAGAAAAAAAAUUAAAAAAGGGGGAAACAGCAGCUCUCUGCCAGAAUGAACUGCUGGCACUCAAGUACCGCGAUAAAAAGGAGGUUUUCAUCCUAACUACCAUCCACGGGGAAAACACUCGCAGGGUCGCAGUUCGUGGCAGAGAGGAAUAUAAAUGGGUGCCAGUCUGCAUACAGCAAUAUAAUCGACAUAUGGGGGGAGUUGAUCUGUCCGAUCAACUAAUGCAGCCGUAUCUAAUCAUGCGCAAAACCAGGGCAUGGUAUAAAAAAGUGGGCAUAUAUAUAAUGCAGACAGCAGUCCACAAUGCCUUUAUUAUUUUUAAAAAGGCAAAUGCUCAGCUGAAAUGCACAUUCCUUUCAUUUCAAUUUCAGCUAAUUUCUGGGUUACUUGAGUGCCACAGAGGGGGACCAUCAGUCGAGCUUAGUAGAAGAAUGGAGGUAGGUCACUUCUGCUUCAAGAUUCCAUCAACCCCCAGAAAGAAAAACCCCCAGAAAAGAUGCAGGGUGUGCUACAAGAGGGGCGUAAGAGUUGAGACUAGCUAUUACUGCCCUGAUUGCCCCUCUCAGCCCGGCCUAUGUAUUGGCCACUGUUUUAAAGUUUUCCACACCCAGGCCGAAUAAGCAGACCAGUUUUGGGGUCUGAAUUUAGUCAACUGUCUGGUUACCAAAUCUUGGCUUUGUCUCCCGUUUAUCCUGUCUUCUCUGAUCCUUGACCUCGGCUUGUCCUAUCGUUGUUCCGUUUCUCUUUACCCCUUUGACCUCGGCUUGUACCUUGACUAUUCUCUGCUUGUAUAGCCCGGCCAUUCUAAGGACCGGUAUUACAAGUGUCUCUCUCUGUGUUCUCUCUCUUUGUAGUCUGUCUGUGUUUUGGAAUCCGUGACAGCGUUGCCCGUGACACAGAUCACUGGGUACUACCCCCAGAUAGGAUUAAGCCAACUAUUCCCCCUUUUCACAGCAAAUAGUAUGCACUUGUUCAUAAUUUGAAUUGAUGAGCUGCUUAUACUUAAAAAUAUAUGUGGUCUUUGAGAGGUAAUUUGCAGUCCUGGGCUGCUAAAAUAACACUUUGGCCCAGCAUCCACUUUUGAAAAAUAUGAAAGUGAUGUGUCUCCAAGGUGCCCCUUCAACAUCCACAUAUCCCUGAAAAAGGUACACAUGGGGGUAUUGCUGCACUAAGAGGACAUAGCUGAGCAACAUAUUAGGUGUUCUACUGCCAUAGCACACAUAAGGAUUACAAAAUAUACAGUAACAACUCCAAGUGUGUGUCAAAAAGGCAGAAAAAAUGCUCAUUGUAACUAGACUUGGUACAAACUAACAAAAAAAUGAUCCAACGCUAAGGUUUAAAAUAUGCCUUUUGAAAUGCCCUGGGGUGUCUACUUUAAAAAAUGGUAGGCCUUUGUGGGGUAAUUUGAACUUAAAACCUGCUAAGAUGCUUGGAAAUUGCACAUGGGCCGAGCGUCAAAAUUCAAAGUUCGGUAAAAACUGAUAUGGCUUGGUCUCCAAUGUGCCCCUUCAACAUCCACAUAUCCCUGAAAAGGGUACACAUGGGGGUAUUGCAGCAUUAAGAGGACAUAGCUGAGCAACAUAUUAGGUGUUCUACUGCCAUAGCACACAUAAGGAUUACAAAAUAUACAGUAACAACUCCAAGUGUGUGUCAAAAAGGCAGAAAAAAUGCUCAUUGUAACUAGACUUGGUACAAUCUAACAAAAAAAUGAUCCAACGCUAAGGUUUAAAAUAUGCCUUUUGAAAUGCCCUGGGGUGUCUACUUUAAAAAAUGGUAGGCCUUUGUGGGGUAAUUUGAACUUAAAACCUGCUAAGAUGCUUGGAAAUUGCACAUGGGCCGAGCGUCAAAAUUCAAAGUUCGGUAAAAACUGAUAUGGCUUGGUCUCCAAUGUGCCCCUUCAACAUCCACAUAUCCCUGAAAAGGGUACACAUGGGGGUAUUGCAGCAUUAAGAGGACAUAGCUGAGCAACAUAUUAGGUGUUCUACUGCCAUAGCACACAUAAGGAUUACAAAAUAUACAGUAACAACUCCAAGUGUGUGUCAAAAAGGCAGAAAAAAUGCUCAUUGUAACUAGACUUGGUACAAACUAACAAAAAAAUGAUCCAACGCUAAGGUUUAAAAUAUGCCUUUUGAAAUGCCCUGGGGUGUCUACUUUAAAAAAUGGUAGGCCUUUGUGGGGUAAUUUGAACUUAAAACCUGCUAAGAUGCUUGGAAAUUGCACAUGGGCCGAGCGUCAAAAUUCAAAGUUCGGUAAAAACUGAUAUGGCUUGGUCUCCAAUGUGCCCCUUCAACAUCCACAUAUCCCUGAAAAGGGUACACAUGGGGGUAUUGCAGCAUUAAGAGGACAUAGCUGAGCAACAUAUUAGGUGUUCUACUGCCAUAGCACACAUAAGGAUUACAAAAUAUACAGUAACAACUCCAAGUGUGUGUCAAAAAGGCAGAAAAAAUGCUCAUUGUAACUAGACUUGGUACAAACUAACAAAAAAAUGAUCCAACGCUAAGGUUUAAAAUAUGCCUUUUGAAAUACCCUGGGGUGUCUACUUUAGGAAAUGGUAGGCCUUUGUGGGUUUUUUUGAACUUUCCAACUGCAAUAAUGUCCCAAAUUGAAGCAUAGGCCAAUUAAAUCCAUCUCUCAAAAUUGUACUGUAAAUACUGAAAUGGAUAGGUCUCCUAUAUGGCACUGUAACUUCACGAAAUAGUGCCAAAGACAUACAAUGGGGGUGUCAUUUUACUCAGAAGACUUAGCUGAGCAUAAUUUGGGGGGUUUGAACUUAGUGGCACAUGUGAAAUACACAAAAUGCCUAGCAAAAAUGCAAUCCAUAUGUAAAAAACGCACAAAAUUAUUUUUUACCACAUAAUUUGGCAUAUAUUGGUGAAAAAAUGGGAGCACGUUAAGGCACAAUAUGCACCUUAUGAGAUACCCUGGAGUGUCUACUUUUACAAAUGGUAGGCCUUUGUGGGGUUUUUUUGAACAGUCAAACUGUUAUAAUACCCCAAAUGGACGCAUAGGCUCAUUAAAUCCGUCUCUCAAAAUUCUACUUUGAAUACUGAAAAGGAUAGGUCUCCUAUAUGGCACUGUAACUUCACGAAAUAGUGCCAAAGACAUACAAUGGGGGUGUCAUUUUACUCAGAAGACUUAGCUGAGCAUAAUUUGGGGGGUUUGAACUUAGUGGCACAUGUGAAAUAUACAAAAUGCCCAGCAAAAAUGCAAUCCAUAUGUAAAAAACGCACAAAAUUAUUUUUUACCACAUACUUUGGCAUAUAUUGGUGAAAAAAUGGGGGCAUGUUAAGGCACAAUAUGCACCUUAUGAGAUACACUGGAGUAUCUACUUUUACAAAUGGUAGGCCUUUGUGGGUUUUUUUUGAACAGUCAAACUGUUAUAAUACCCCAAAUGGACGCAUAGGCUCAUUAAAUCCGUCUCUCAAAAUUCUACUUUGAAUACUGAAAAGGAUAGGUCUCCUAUAUGGCACUGUAACUUCACGAAAUAGUGCCAAAGACAUACAAUGGGGGUGUCAUUUUACUCAGAAGACUUAGCUGAGCAUAAUUUGGGGGGUUUGAACUUAGUGGCACAUGUGAAAUAUACAAAAUGCCCAGCAAAAAUGCAAUCCAUAUGUAAAAAACGCACAAAAUUAUUUUUUACCACAUAAUUUGGCAUAUAUUGGUGAAAAAAUGGGAGCAUGUUAAGGCACAAUAUGCACCUUAUGAGAUACCCUGGAGUGUCUACUUUUACAAAUGGUAGGCCUUUGUGGGGUUUUUUUGAACAGUCAAACUGUUAUAAUACCCCAAAUGGAUGCAUAGGCUCAUUAAAUCCGUCUCUCAAAAAUCUACUGUGAAUACUGAAAAGGACAAGUCACCUAAAUGGCACUGUAACUUCACGAAAUAGUGCCAAAGACAUACAAUGGGGGUGUCAUUUUAAUCAGCAGAUGUAACUGAACACAAGAUAAAACUUUGUACAGGAAUAGCACACACCAACUUUACAAAAUAAACAUGAGAAGUUCUUUGUUAUAAGUUUGUGUGCCAAAAACCCCAAAAAACUAAAUUUUACUCCAAUAUUUAGCAGAGGUUGGCGGUGAAAUGGCUAUGUAUAAAGUGUCAAAACCACCUUAGGUAAAUAGCCUGUGAUGUCUACUUUAUAUAAAUAUAUACUUUUGUGUGGCAAUUUUGUUUUCUUUUAUGGCUAUUAGGCUUACAAGACAAACAUACCAAAUUCUAAAAUCGCUCCACAUUAAAAGUUUAUUUUACUCCUUGUGCUUUGUGACCUGUAACUACCAAAAAAAACUGAAAAUCCCAGACACAUUAUAUAUUCUGUAAAUCAGAACAAAUAAAUAAAUUUAUUUUUAAUUACUUUCCUUAACCUGCACUAAUUAUGCACACAUUAUUAUUGCAAAAACUGUAAAAAAAAACAAUAUUUUUCAUUUUUUUUGCAUUUUUCUGUAUUUUUUUUAUAAUAAGUAAGCAUUUAUAUAUAUAUAUGUUAUAUCAAAUUAAAGCCCUUUCUGUCCUUUAAAAAACAGUAUAUAAUAUGUGUCGGUGCAAUAAAUGAGAGAGAUGCAAAUUGCAGUUGAACGCAAACAGCAAGAAAAUGCAAAAAUUGCUUGUGUCAUUAAGCGUAAGUCAAGCUUCUGAAGCUGUGUCCUUAAGGGGUUAAUAUACUCCCCUGGCCCUGGGUAACAUUGAAAAUAAUGAUUGCUGUACACAUGAAACCAGUUAUUUACCCAGCAACUGCUGCGUCAUAAGAAACAAAUAUUCCCAUUGGCUGGAAGAGACAUUAAUAACGUAUGACAUUGUCUUUCACUUACAGAAGUUUCAGAGGCUGCUGGUAACUGCUUGGGUUCUCUGUGUCUCUAUAGACCAAAGCAGUGACAUGGCACAGAGGUGGCAUUGCUCCCUGUUUUACCUUCCCCUGCUCUGUGUAUUAUGCCUGCACAGCGGGCAGGCUGUGAAAGGUAAGUAACCACAUCUACAGGGGUAAUUACUAAAGUGAGAAUUCAAAGUGAGCACAAAGUGAAUUUCUAAUUUAAAGUCAAGAUAGCCGAACCGGAAACAUUGUCUAAACCGCUAAAUCGGAUAUAAUUCUCAUUUGGACUACGAUGGCCCUAAAUUUUAAAAAAACUAUUUUGGAAUGAUCUUUGAAUUCUCACUUUAGUGAAUAUCCCUAUUAGUAUAUGGUAAUGUAAUGGGGUUUGCUGAGAGAUAUAAAUGUGUAUUAGGAUAGUCUCAACAAUUUAUAUGUUAACAUGAAUGUGGAGUAUUAUCUAAUCUAUAAACUAGCUCCGUAUUUACCAAAUCUGUCUACGAUUUACUAGAACAAACCUGGGUCUAUGAAGAUGUGUUCAGGAAUUACUGAUCUAGGUAACCCCAUGAUAAAUAAAAUUUCUUUAUAUUGUAACUUAAACUGGUAAUCAUUGUGUGUCUUUCCAGUAUUACUAAUUCAAUUCUUGGCUAAAUAUACAAAACAUAAAAAUGUGUUUUUAUUUAAUUUGAACUCUGUCCAUCUAGAUUUAUAGGAUGAUACUUGUGACUCUAGUUAGAAUAGAUUGUAGCUACAGGUGUAACAAUCUACAUAUUUAUUAAGCAGAGAAGAUCUCUCCAGAAUAUUUUAUGUACAUAAUCAUACUUAUAGGUUGAUCAUUUAUUUAAAUGAAUAACAUGUUAUUGCAUCUGUCUAUCUUGCAUUAUCUCUCUGUAUUUACUACAAUAUCUCUCUGCCUCAUCAAAUCUCUGCUUGUAUUGCCAUCCACCUCAACCCCAUGUGUAGUUUCAAUCCAUGUCCUUCUCAUCGUCACCUGUGAUAUUAUCCUUAUAACUAAUAUCAUAUUAUAUGUCCUGCCUCUACAUGCCAUUUUAUUUAUUAUAUUUCAAUAUGCUAUAGACGCUCUGUAUGUUUUGUAAAAAAUAAUCACUAUUGUUGAAAAUAUUUUAUGAAUUGGAAGGUGCCCAUUUCAUUUAUUUAAAGGUGCAUAUUCAUUUUAUGUUAUAUUAACAGUCACCAGUAAGGCUGAAUCUCUAAUCCAGCGUCCUAGUGUGAUGGGUACAGAAUACAGUCAUUCUGUCAUAAUGGGUGCCAUCUCCUUUUAUACAACCAGCCAUUCUCUAAUGGAGGGAUUUAUGUGCAAAGCAAUGUGACAUACAGUCCAAUUUACCUAAUUCCUGCUCUGUCACCGUUCCUCUGCUAUAAAUCCCCAUUUGUGGUAGUUUAGUCAUUGUUAACCUGGGAUCACAGCUUUAUAGGUGUUGAAUCUGUGUGUAAGAAACGUAUAGGUCCGUCCGUUAAGAUGUUUACUGAUCUUUUAUUAAAGGCCAUUCAAUAUGGAAGCAGUCUAUAGAAAGUGCCCAAUCAGGAUUUCAUACGGUACAAUAACAGGAUAUAUUUAUCAAAUAGUGAUAAACCAUCAAUUAAAGUUCCUAACUUUUAUUAUUCUGCUUAGUCUGUGGUCCUGUUCAAGAGCCUACAUUCUAGAAUAUAAAUUGGAGAAUUUAUAAAUAAUGUAACCUAAAGUGCAUUCAGCUGCUUAGUUAGUAUUACAUUUCAUUAUUAUUGGUUUGGUAUUAAAUACUGUAAUUAUUACAAUCAUUAUUUUAUCGCUCAGGUUGUUAUUCACUAACCACCAAAUUGUGAUGUAUCAAAAACCAAAUUGGCAGAAUUUAGGCAAGUGUUGCUUAUUUGGAUAUAAUUCUCCAACUCUGCUUUAGUCCCAGCUAAGUUUGGUUUUUAAUUCACUCUGAUUCAGUAUUUAGUGAAUAAAUCUUAGUCUUCACGACUCUGCCCACCCUCCCAGGUAUGCAGUAUUUAUAAUCCCGACUAAACUGCACAAUCAAGGCCUUUCUUGUAGUAUAGUGAUAGCUAACAUUGACACUGCAGAUGAUAAAGGUUAUUGGGCACUGCUCAGAGUGCCAGGGUUAGUGGUCACUUGUCUAGUGUAUGUGUCUUUAAUUUAUGUCAAAUGAGUAAUCUAAUUAGCAUAACCACUGCAGCAUGCUGGUAUCAUGCAAGGAGUACCCUGGUGUCCUCCUAGUAAAUGUAGUCAAGCCAUUUUAGAAUGGUAUGACUUCUUACCUGGAGUCUGCUGGGUGAUACUCCCCACCUCUAUCUCCGCCAUACAGCUUCCAUUGGUUCUCCUGAGCGAGCCCAGCAGUGCAGGACUAGCUCAUUGACUGAGAUCAUCUGUUAAUCUCUCAGCCAAUGAGCUAAGCCAUGUACCGCCUGACUCUGUUUAGACACAAAGCUUCUGGCUGAUGUAGUGGAUACAGGGAGUGGCACCUCGGGUAAGAAGUCAAAUCAUUGGCACCACUAAGCAGCUGCAAUGGGACAGCUGCUCAGGGCUGAAGCCUUACUCAGGGGCCCUCAAUGGUUAUUUAAGACUGAUUCAUAAUAUGGAGAAAAGUCCCUCACCAAGUUAACUACGUGCCAUAAUGUUUACAGCAGGCCAUAGCCAUUGCAAUGCCAGUUACAAUUAUUUGUGGUGAUGGAGGAAGAUCAGUCCCCUAAUAACGGGUGGAUUUAGUCUCCUCUUAAUACAUACUUCUGCUUUCUGUUUGACAAAGUUAUUUACAUCUGUCAUAUUUACUGUGAUGGAUGAUCUUUAAAUGGGAUUGCAUUGUCUUCUUUGGGUGAACAGGAGCAAUAUGGAAGCUCUGAACCAAUGUUUUCUUUCAGUCUCUUUUGCUCUGAUGCUAAUAGACUGUCAUGGAAUCCAUUUUGUGACAUCAAUGUCUUUCUCUUUAUAGUGGAGAAUGUGUUGACUCAGUCAAACUUCUAUCAAACCGAAGAGCCAACAGGGGAAUACAUGUUCCAGUUCGAUGAAGAUGAAAUCUUUUAUGUGGACUUGGAUAAAAAAGAGACAAAAUGGAGACUUCCUCAGUUCGGAGAGGUGUCCACCUUUGAGGCCGCUGGAGCCCUGCAAAAUAUUGGGAUAAUGAAGCAAAAUCUGAACAUAAUGAUAAAACGUUCUAACCAUUCAGCAGCAGUUAGUGGUAAAAAUUCUUCAACAUGUAUUAUACUCGUGGUAUAUCGGUUAAUAAUGUAGUUACUGAGAUGGUUUAUACAUUCUCAGAUUAAUGACUUAUCCUGAAAUCCAUAUAAAUCACUCCACCUAAAAGCCUAAUAGAGCAUUCAAAAGUCAAUUUCAAUUGAUACAUGCUAUAAAUGAUGCUGGCAUAAUGUGUUUAAAGGUUUAUAAUUUGAAAUAUAUUAAUUCUGUGGUUAAUGAGGUUCUUUUGAGGUAAUUAUGACUUGGAUGCUUUAGGACUCCUAAAUCAACAGAAUAUAGUGAAUAUUUUAUAGUGUGGAAGACCCCGCAGUCUACAAUCUACUCUAACUAAAUGGAAUGCACGGUUAUGUCAAUAUCCCCCUGAUCAGAGUCUGUAUCAAAGGGUAAAUAUUCACAUGUAGAUAUAGUGCAUCAAACAGAAUCCUAGAUCAAAAGAGAAUGGACGUAUGAAGGAACUCAUGGUAUUCAAACAAUUCAAGAUAAGUGAAAUUCACGGUUAUGUUAAUAUGCCCCUCUUCAUGGGCCAAGUCUAAGGGUAAGUAUAGCAUUCAGGAAUAAUGAGUGUAGAAGGAUAGAUCUAAAGCUUUGACAGAACAUGUCAAGGAGGAACAUCGCUCCUAAAGUCAGUUGUUGACUUAUAAAUCACUCUGAACUGAAUUCUAAGCUAAACCCCUUUUGUCUUAAGAGGACACUAUAGUCACCAAAACAACUUUAGCUUUAAGAAAUGGUUUUGGUGUACAAAUAUGUCCUUGAAGUCUCACUGCUCAAUUAUCUGUCAUUGAGUAAUUAACUCCCUUUGUUUAUACAUCUCUAGUUACACCUCCCUGCAUGUGACUUGCACAUCCUUCCUAAACACCUUCUGUAAAGAGUCAUCUAAAGUUUACACUUCCUUUAUUGCAAAUAAUAUUUAAUUUAGAAUUUCAUAUCUCCUGCUAUGUUAAUAGCUUGCUAGACCCUGUAAGAGCCCUUGUAUUUAAAGUUAAGUUUACAGAGCAGGAGAUAAAAACUUUUAAAUUAAGUUACAGCCGAUUUUGAAAAUGAAACCGUUUUUUCAUGCAGGCUGUGACCAUCACAGAGAGGGGAGGUGUGGCCAAGUCUGCAUAAAAAGAAUCAAAAGUAAUUUAACUCUUAAACAGCAGUGAAUUGAGCAGGGAGACUGCAGGGUCAUGAUCUAUACGCAAACUGGUUAAUUAUGAUAAAGUUUUUUUGGUUACCAUAUAGUGUCCCUUUAAUCAUUUAAAUUUUUUAUUUUUUUUACCCACUGAAUAGCAAGGCAAAUACAGUUCAGAGUGACUUGCAUGUCAGCAGAUGAACGGAUGAGUUGGCAUUCCCCUUGUCAUGUUCUAAGUUUAUAUCCAGGGUUUGGCUUAGAAUACAGUUCAGAUUAAACCUGUACCCACAAGAUUGUUUCACCUACACCAGAUAUAGACAUGGUUAUUCUUCCACUCUGUUAAAGUGAGUGCACCCUAACAUGCAAACUCAAGACCAACUGUAUUAAAGAGUAUAAAUGGCAACAUUUUCCCAGUCUUUAGAAUGGAUGUGCACGCAGGCUAAGAACAAACUGAGACUUGCUCAGAUCAAGGGAUACAGAUACACAAACCAUAAACAGGCCACAGUCCAGGAGUACAUAAAUCUGGAUAAUCCAAUAACUGAACAGAGUCAAAAACAGACCAAUAAACUAAUCAAACGCAUUCUAGAGUAACUAAGGCCACAAUUUGGCAGAUAAUAGACUGUGGUGUGAUCUUAAAUAGCCCUGAAAUGAGCCCAGUUGGACAGCGUCAUAAUGAUGUAGGCGAGUAUGGCUAUAAUGAGCUACAAGAGCCCAUAUCGAAAGGAAGCCAAAAUUAUGCAUGUGUCCUAUGGCAGGGCCAACAUCAGACAGGAGCCAUGACACACUCUCUAUUGAAUUAAAAUAAGUAGCUUGUCUGAGAUCACUCACAAAUUUACCACCGUUAAACAUAAUGCUACAAAAUGAAACCUCGGGAACUCGAAUUACAAACUUCUGUGUCAAGGGAAACCGCCUACGAGAUGGCUCCGGCUAAGGAACAAUAGAAGUUUUUACUAUGGAUUGUUUAUUAAACUGUGAUUUAUAAUGGAAAAGACAUUUCUGACUUAUUUUACUUGUAAAAAUCAACUUCUGUAAAUCUUUUCUGAUUCAAGCAAAUCUCUUCAUAUCAUGACAGUCCUGCAAGUCCUCUGUCAUAAGGAUAUUAAUGAUAAAUACAUGCUCUGUGUUCUCCUUAGUUCGCCCAGAGAUCCUAACGUUCACAGAGAAUCCUGUGGUUUUUGGUGAGCCCAACACGUUAAUCUGUUACACCAGCAAGUUCUUUCCGCCAGUUAUCGGCAUAGAGUGGCUGAAGAAUGGGCAGCCUGUGGCUGCUGGUGUGUCAUCUACAGACUACUACCCAGCAUCGGACGGGUCAUUCAGUCGAUUCCUGUAUGCGGCGAUCAUCCCAGAACAGGACGAUGUUUACACAUGUUCUGUGACACAUGACGGACUAAAAACCAACCCCACAUACAAGACAUGGAGUGAGUAUUCUAAUUUCUACUUUUAUAACGUGUGAUUUGCUCGGACUUCCAAGGGAAUUUCAAAUAUUGGCCCAAAGAAGUCAAAUUAGAAAUAGCCUGCUAGACUUUGUUUGGCUAUUUUGGCCUGACAUUUUUAAAAUCACUUUGAAUUUCCAAUAGAUAGGUGAAUAAUCAGCAACUUAUCGUUUACCAUUUGGUUCAACCUAGUAUUACAAUGGAAUUUAUUGAAAAUGUUAAAAUAUCCUUUUGUACAGCAACCCUAACACUUUGAAGACAAAAUAUUAUCUUUUGACCCAAACAUUAAUUAAACACAAACAGACAUUUGUUGGUUGAGUCAUUACUUGAUCUUAUCCCCACUGGCUGCAUUCACAGCUGUGAGUUUUUAUAGUGUAAAUCUCUACCAACAUUGAACAUCUGAAUCCUGUACAUUUUGACCAUUCUCAUUGGCGAGAUAUGUCCGUUUAGAUGGGGAGCAUCUCAAUUGGAUUUCGUUAAGGGCUUCUAAGACAUCGAGGUUUAGUUUUCAACCACUUAAACAUAGCAUUGACUAUAUUCUUAGGGUGAAUAUCUUACUGGAAGGGCAUCAUCUGCCUCUACCUCAACUUUCCACCAUUUCUCAAAAACCCAAAUUUGUUCUAUAAAUAUCACUAAAUACUGGUAUUAUUUACAAAGAAAUCUAUGAUUGUAACUAUUCAUUGGAUCUCCCUAGAAAAGAUAUUGAAUAAAAUUCAAAUUUGGCUCAUAGAUACACACUUCAGGCUAUAAGAAAAAUUAGAACAUUAUUAUCCUGGAAGUUAAAUUGUGUCUCUAGUACUCACUCUAUUACACAUUACAAAUCUGAGAGCAUAAAGACUGUUUGUUUGAGGUUAAUUUUAACCCUCUCCCUUACUACAGGUCCAGAGGCCCCAGCUCCCUACUCAGAGAUGUAUGAAAAUGUAAUAUGCGGCCUCGGGUUGGCAGUUGGAAUUCUUGGGAUAAUUAUUGGAAUUGUUCUGAUCUUUAAAGCAAUCAAAAAUCAAAGAAGAGCUUACUAGUGUGCAGGUAAAACAUUUUAUCAUGUGAUUAUAAAACCAUUCUAUUCCUAUUCCUAUUUGUCAUGGCAGCCUUGGUGCUUAGAUUGACGUUUACAGUUAUUUAUUUUCUUGAACUUCAAACUAGGUGAUUAAUUAUAAUUAUGGCAUAUGGCCAUUGUAAGGGAUGCUUGAUACAGUUGAAAGCCUUUUUAAUACUGCUGUAAGAUAAACGCCUGUCUGUACGGCCUCCUGUGGAUCACGGUGUGAUCUAUAUACUAAUGUACUAAUAAUAAAUUAACCGAUAGAGGACAAUAUGACCAUAUAUUAAACUGCAACAGUAUAUUUCAGCUCCCCUGUAAGCUUUCAAUUUAGAUUUUUACAGUACGUCCCUCUACCUGCAAUUCAUAUCAUGGUCUCCAUUAAUGAAGUUCUAUUUUUGUUUUUCUUCUUUCCCAGGUUAAUUGCUUUUACAACAUCCAUAGAUGUCUUCAGAACUCCAGAGCGUCUUUCUGCAUCUAAGCAAAAUGAUUCAAUCUAUAAUAACAAAAUAUCUACUAUGUUAAGAAUAUUAAGAACAAGACCACAACACAGACCAGCAUUAGUGAUUGCACAACUGAAGAAUUAUUUCAAAUUUGGAAACUUUGCUCCACAAUUUAAACCAUACAUUGUUUAAUAUUAAAUGCCUUGUGCGAUCUACUGUUUAUGAACUUCUGUUUGUUACAUAAUAUAUUUGAAAUACAUAUUCACCUGUUUGUCCUAAUACUGAUUUGCAGUUCUAGAUAUAAUCUGGCAGAGUUAUUCUCUAAUGUAUGAACUGACACAAAAUAAAACUGGAUUCAAACAAUGGCGGAUCCAGAGCCUGAUCUCAGGAGGGGCACUUGUAGAUUAUUUAAAUAAAUAAUCCUGGCACAAUAACCACUACAGCUCAGUGUAGUAGUUAUGGUGCCAGGAUCCCACCCCAGAGUAAGUAGUCAUACCGUUUAAGAACAGUUUGACAACUUACCUGGGGUCUGCUGGGAUAUAGGGCAUAGGAGCAGUAGUGUGUGUGUGUGUGUGUGGGCAGCAGUGUAUGUCAGGGUUGCAGUGUGUGUAUGGGGGGGGUCGUGUGUGUAGGGCACUGUGUGUGUAUGGGUGUGCAGUAGUGUGUGUGUGUGUAUGUAUGUAUAGUGGAGGAAGAAGGGUAGGGAGGCUUUUUUUUUUGUUUUUUUUGUUUUUUUUUUUAAUAGUAUUUAAUAAAUAAAUAUACUUUAUGUCCCCCCCUCCCUUCUUACCUUUAUUGAGGAGGAGGGGGGACAUUUCUCCAUCCCUGGUGGUUCCAGUAUGGAGUGAAGUCUAGCCCACGCUCCAGGGCUAGACGUCACUCUCGCGAGAUUUGGAGCAUUGCCAUGGCAAUGCUCCAAAUCUCGCAAGAGGAGGACCCGGAGGAGCUGCAGACUGAGCUUCCGGGUCCUCUCUCCCUCCCCUGCCGGCUGUCAGCAAUGUGCCUGCUGACCCUCACUGAUCUCCCUCCCCGGUCCGCAGGCACAUAGAGUUGCCCCUGGAUCCGCCAAUGGAUGCAAAGUGAUUUGUAACUUGUAGCCCAAAAUAGCAAAUCUGAGAAAAUUCUUCACGUUUAUGUUCAGAUCAGUUAUUUUGCCCUAAAAUAUUAGAUUCCCUUUGAACUCCCAAAACAUUUUGGGGAAUAAUCCUGUGAGUGUUUAAAAAUGUAAUUCUGUCACUUUAAAUACAAUAUAUCUUUCUCUGGCUCUGAUAUGAUGAUAGUGUUUAUACUGCUUGGCCUGAUACAUGUAUAAUAUGUAAGUUUGCUAAGAGAGGACGUUUAUUUUUGUAAUCCGAAAUAAAUUUGCUGUGAUUUGAGGGAAUGCUUAUCGUAAUGUAUUUGAGCUUCGGUAAAACUGCUUUACAAGUAGUGUUCUAUCAUAUAAAGAUAGAAUGUACACAUAGAAGGACUUUUGCGAUGGGGAUAAUCAGACUUUAUGUUCACAAUUUGCUUCUUAUGCUUGCUGAUCACUUUUGCUAAUCAAUGAUAUAAACAGUUUUUUGGGAUCUAUCAUGUGAAUGUGUGCCAAUAAUAACAUUUUUAAUUCUUUAAAGGGCAUGAGUUUAUGUGAAACAUAUGUGUAAUUUUGUUAUUAAAUUUUCCUUUCUUGUCACAACUACAAUUGGUAGGUGUGAUCAUUUGAUAAUGAUAUAAAUAUCCCAACUAAAUAGCAGUCGUAAGCUUUCUGUAGCUCGUAAUGUGUUGAAUGGUGCGCAGGGGCAUCUCAGCCAGUUUCUGUAUCAGCUGGUAUAUCAACCAGCCAUCUACAAAUGACCUACUCUGUAAAUGUCAUGAAACAAAUAAAAGGUGUUUUACAGAUUGUCAGAUUUAUAAAAACCUCAACAUCAAUGAUAUUGUAAUCAUUUUGCCAGAUAAACGCUAAAUUCAGAGAACAGAUAACAGAGCAUUAUUACCAAUAAAAUCACUGUUUUUAUGACUAGUUACAUAGCUGAAAAGAGACUUGCGUCAAAGUUCAGCCUUCCUCAUAUUAGUUUUUUGCUGUUGAUCCAAAAGAAACAGAAAGAUAUAAGAUUAAAUAGGGGGUAACCCUUAUAGUGUUUACAAAUGUGAGACUGAAGGUAUUCCCUAGCAAAGUGAGCUUUGAGAGUACCAAAUUGGAAUAAGGAUCUAUGGGUAUGCACUAAUGUUAAAUAAAUUAAAAACCUUUUAUUGUAGGGUUUAUGUUCCCCAAAAAGAGAAAAAAGGGAACUUAAAAAACAUGACAUCUAACAAACACACACAGGGAAGAACUCCGUUGGUAUAUAUAGAUAUAAAUAGGGCAGAAUAAAGUGAUACUGUAGAAUCUAUUUGUAUAUACGUGGAUACAAUUUUACGUCCCUUUGUGGAGACAUUGCUAUCCUAUCUUAAAGAUACGAAGGAUAUUUUGAAAUGUUUGACAUCCCUAAAAGUACCAAAAGGAGCAGUGCUUUAUAUUCCUCGAUACCACAUUUGAGUGGUUUGAAUCACGUCAAACAUUUUUUGGAAAAAAGGGGGCUGCAACACACUACCCAUACA